AUGGAGGUCGCUGAAGGGAAAUUAAAGACAAAACUCAUUCAAUUAAACAUAACAACGAAUAGAACAAAGUCUAUUGUGGAUAAUGGUCAAGCCGAAGCGAUAGAAAGACAUCAAAAAACUCUGAGAACUGUGAUAAAUGAAGUAGAUCAACUGCAUAUAGAAAUCGAAGCGCUCAAAAUAACAGAGCAAGUAAAGGACGAGGAUUUGGAUGCGUGGAAUGCAAAUCUAGUGACACAAAUUGCAAAGGGAGAUCAAAGUGUGGAAAUCUUGAAAGAGUGGCUCAAUAGUCGAAAGACGUUCUGCCAAACGUACGAGAGAGAAGAGCAGAUUAAAUUCGAAGUCAAAUUACAAGAGACCAAAACUAAAUUCAAGGCAGAACACAUGGGAAAUCAAAACAGUUCUCCCAAAUCUCAUAGCGAAGCGACAAAUAUUCAAGCAAAAUUACCUAAAUUAGUCAUCACCAAAUUUAACGAGACAUUUACUGACUGGAAUAGAUUUUGGGGACAAUUUACAGAGUCAAUCGACAAAUCCAGUUUGCCAGCAAUUAUCAAAUUUUCAUACUUGAGAGAACUGUUAGAUGACAAGGUCAGGAAAGCUGUAGAAGCCCUACCAUAUUCAGCAGAGGGCUAUAACAGAGCAGUAACAAUCUUUAAAGAGCGGUACGGAAAAGAACGCAAGAUUGUUAAGGCGUACAUGAAGGAAAUAUUCAAGCUUCCUCCAGUUCUGACAGCCAAUGCGAGGAAGAUUCAUGAGUUCUGUGAGAAACUAACAUACAGUGUGCAAUCACUCCAGACUAUGAAUAAACUUUCUCAAGUAGACGGUGCAGUAGUGAUGACUCUAGACAAAUUGCCAGCUAUCAGAGGUGAUCUCAUUCGUACUGACCCUGACUGGGAGAAAUUGGACUUCAUACAGCUUACAAAGGCUCUUCGACUUUGGACGAGAAGGAACCCGAUCACUGAAAAUGCCAAUUCCAAAGACAAGGAUUGAAGACGAGACAGAACGGGUCGGAAUUACCACACUCGUCAAGGGACGGGGACUUCGCAUACAUGUGUAUAUUGCAAUGCUGCAGAUCAUAAAUCAACAACCUGCCCAACCGUUAAAACAUCAGAAGAAUGCAGGAGAAUCCUAGCAAAUAAAAAACUAUGUUUCAACUGUACUGGACCCUCCCACCGAGCAGCAGAAUGUAAAAGUAUUGUGACAUGUCACAACUGUGCUAGAAGACACCACACCUCAAUCUGUGAAAAUCCAAAGAAACCUGAGGGGUUCAUGUCAGCCCAUAGGGCAGGGGACAACCAAGUUAUUUAUCCUGUUGUGGUCAUCGAAGUCGAUGGAAUAAAGACACGAGCGCUACUCGACACUGGCUCGGGGAGCUGCUAUGCUUCAGCCAAACUUAUAGACGCUCUGAACAAGAAACCGAAGGAGAUCCAAACAAAACGGAUUGAAAUGAUGCUCGGCUCAACAACAACCAGAGUUGAAAUCUACCCUGCAACUAUCAAGGGAGCUGAUGGUCAGUUUACAAUGGAAGUCGAACUAUCGAAAGUCCAUAAGCCACAUCUGAUGGAAAUUGAUAAUCCUCGGUAUGAAGAGCUGCUGAGCAAGUAUAACCAUUUAAAGGGAGUGAAGAUAGAUGAUCUUGAUGACAAACCACACCUUCCUAUACAUGUAGUUCUCGGAGUGAACGAGUAUGCCAAUAUCAAGACAACAGCAGCGCCAUGAGUUCGGAAACCCGGACAACCCAUUGUUGAACGUGCUCGCCUCGGUUGGGUGUUAAUGUCGCCCGGUAGAAAGGAUGUGACAAGGCCACUUCUGCUAACUCGAUCAGUCAGCACAGACUAUGAGCAGCUGAGUUCCUUGGAUGUGCUUGGACUUGCUGACAAACCGGAGAACAAUCAGGGAACUGUAUACCAGGAUUCAAAGAGCAACUUCAACGGAACAAGGCUGGUUGGUAUGAGACAAAGUUGCCUUGGAAGGCCAACCGCCCAGAAUUGCCAACAAACGAAGCGGGCAGCCGAAGAUGGGAAUUAUUAAGACUAUGACAGCAUAAUUCAGGAGCAGCUUCAGAGCGGUGUGAUUGAAAGAGCACCUACAGAACCCAAGGGCAAGGAAUACUACAUACCACAUAAAGGAGUUUCUAAGAAAGAUGCGGAAAGUACGAAGUUGCAGGUGGUCUACGACGCGUCUGCGUGGGAAAAUGUGAAGCAUCCCUCCCUGAACGACUGCUUGAACCCAGGACCAUCUCCCCAAAACAUACCUUGGAACAUUCUAAUAAGAUCACGAUUCCACCCGAUCCUGUUGACAGGUGACCUGCAGAAAGCAUUUCUGCAAAUUAGAAUAAAGGAAGAAGAGAGAGAUUCCUUACAGUUCCACUGGAGAGCACCUGGCAGUACCGAAACUCGAAUAUACCGUUUUACGAGAGCCUUGUUUGGGCUAACCUCAUCCCCUUUCCUUCUCGCAGGAGUCCUCAACCAACACUUCGAACUGUGGGAACGCCAGUAUCGUGAGAUUGUUAAAGAGAUUCACGAUGGCCUGUAUGUGGACGACCUCAUGGCUGGUGGUACAACAGUUGACGAUGUGCAAACAAAGUUUGAAGUUGAAGUUUUCCAGGAUGCAUCCUUCAAGCUUCACAAAUGGCACUCGAAUGCAAGAGGACUCGAAGCCAGCAGUAAUCCACCAGCAAAUGAUGAGUUAACCUAUGCCAAGCAGCAAUUAGGAGUGAGCCGACUGGGGACAAAGCUUUUGGGACUAGCGUGGGACAAGGAUAAAGACACCUUCAAAGUUGGUUUGCACAAAGAUGAAACUAUCUCUACAAAAUGGAACGCUCUGUCUCAACUAGCAAAGAUCUAUGACCCACUGGGACUGGCCUCGCCAACAACUUUGCAAGGAAAAAUUCUCUAUCAUGAGAUGUGUGAGAUCAACAUAGCGUGGGACAGUGAACUUCCAGCUGAACUGAAAAAACAAUGGAUCGAAUGGUACUCCAAACUGCCAAGUUACAUCGAGGUUAAGGCACUCUGGCACCAUAUCAACAACCAAUCUUAGAAAUUGUGUUGAACGAAUUCGGAGAUGCAAGCACUCGGGGAGUUAGCGCGGCAGUAUACGCGGUCGUCCGGCAGGAAAAUGGGACAACUCAAGGACUCGUCUGCUCGAAAUCUCGGUUGGCAAAGCGGAAUUUAACCAUUCCCCAGCUCGAGUUAGUGGCUGGCCAUAUGGCAAUCAAUCUUGCGACCAAUGUUCAACUGGCCAUCGAUCUAUACCCAGUGUCAGCACAUUGUUGGCUUGAUUCGACUGUGGCACUAUACUGGAUACGUGGGCAGGGGGAGUACCGGCAGUUCGUUGCAAACAGGGUACACAAGAUACAGCAGCAUCAGGAUGUCAAGUGGCAUCACAUGCCGACCACCCCACAGAUUUGGGCAGCCGCGGCGGAAGCGUUGAUCAUCAUCAGCUAUGGAACCAAGGUCCGAGUUGGCUGAGCGAAGAAACUGAAUGGCCAGCAGACAUAAUCUUUGAGCCCAACGCAGAUUCCAACACGGAGUUAAAGGUGACUCGAAGCGUCUUUGCUGCAACAGCACAAGUCCAUGAUGAUUUUGACCAACUUCUUGAUGCUCACGAAGUGCACAAAGUCCUGCGAAUUUGUGCAUGGAUUCAGAGGUUUAUCAGCAACUGUAGGUCCCGAGCUAGAGACUGGCAAGAUGGUCCACUGAACGCAAUCGAGAUUGAACAACAGAGACUUUGGUGGACCAAGCAAGCACAACUAGAAUGCCAAGAAAGACUCUGCUUCAAACAAGACCAGCUCCAACUGAAUCUGCAGCUAAACAGCGAAGAUAUAUUUGAAUGCAGAGGGCGAAGUGAAGGAGAGUUCCCGAUCUACCUGCCAGAUAGUCAUCCCUUUACGCACGGAAUUGUACGACAAGCGCAUCUAUCGACAUUACACAGUGGUGUCUCGCUGACAAUGGCAUGUGACGUCUAUUGGAUUCCCAGAUUGCAUCACUUGGUCAAGAAAGUGAGAAGUGCCUGCUGGGGUUGCAAGGGAUUUAGAGCCCAAGCAUACCAAUCCCCACCCCAGGAAACCUUCCAAGCACAAGGACACAAGGGUCUAUGCCAUUCCAA